AAAGUAAUCUGUCUAGCAGCUGGACUUCACGCCUACCGAACUUUGCUGUGUCCCGGCGUCUAUCGAUGAGUGUUUAGUUGCUUGACGGCAUUUGCACACUGCGGUUGGCGAAAAACAAACGAGGCGCAACUUCAAUUGGAUACAAAGAAUCGACCAAAAUGGAUCGCACAAGCCUUUUUGUUGCGGACAAGGAAGAUGGAGACACCUUCUCCUUUGACCAGGCUCUGCCAUCGCUUCCGUUGCCGAAACUUCGAGACACCAUGGAGCGAUAUUACACCAGCUUGCUGCCCUUUGGCACUCCAGAGGAGCUGGCCAAAACCCGCACGGUUAUCGAGGAGUUCGAAAAGGGAGUCGGGGGUCAAUUGCAGGCGAUGCUUGAGAAGCGUGCAGGAAACAUGAAGAAUUGGCUGGGUAGUUGGUGGGAGGAUUAUGGUUACCAUUUGCUACGGAUGCCUCUCUUGCCAUAUCAAAUCAUGGCCAUGCCUUGCCAGCUGAAUUUGGUGGGCAUUCCACAAUCGUCCGAUUAUAUGCUCAAGAGUCUUGCCCGCCAAAUUUAUCAUUCGCUUGAGUUCUGGGAUCUGACCCGUAAGGGCACGAUGAAGCCACUUUCAUCCAACGGCGGCAAGAUUAAAUACUCCUCGGAGCUAUGCAAGUUCUUUUAUUCCACGUCACGUGUGCCGGGCCUGGAACAGGAUCAUAUUGAGAAGCAUUUCCUCACCAAAUCGGAGGGAACUACACCUACGCACAUGUUGAUUGGGGCCAAAGGUCGCCAGUUUGCCAUAAAUUGUGUACAUGAGGAUGACACCAUUCUUACGGCAGCAGAGAUUUUGGUUACCCUGCAGCGUCUACGCAGCAUCCUCGACUAUGAGCCGGAAGGAGACGGCGUCUCAGCUCUGACUCAUGAUGAUCGAACCACUUGGGCUCAGAAUCGCAACCGCUUGAUGGAGAUUUCUGAAGCCAACAAGGAGACACUGCGGCUGGUGGAGAGCUCUUGCAUUGUCAUUUGCUGGGAUGAGCAUACACCUGCAGACAGUGAGGAGUCCUCACAGCUCUCCAUUUAUGGCGACUAUCAUUCCCGUUGGGCUGAUCGCAGCAGUUGCAUUGUUGCCUUCAAGAAUGGCCAUUAUGUGUACACUGGGGAGCACAGCUGCUAUGAUGGAACUCUCAGUGCCAGCUUUGCCACAUUUAUGCAAUUCAGUUUCUUUGAAGUUCCCGAGCCGGAUUGGAGCGAGGCCGAGCAGUCCCAGGUAAAGGAGAUUAAGGAACUCAAGUUCCAGCUGGAUGAUACUGUCAAAUCUGAGAUUAAACGUGUUCUCAAAGAGGUCGAUGAGCGGGGAAUUGAUGUUACUGUCACCUUUACGGUCUUCGAAGACUACGGAAAGGAGUUUAUGAAGGACAUGAAGUUGCAUCCCGAUUCUUUUGUGCAGGUGCUUCUGCAAUGGACCUACUACCAGAUGCACCAGGAGAUCGCACCUACCUAUGAGACAGCUCUGAUGCGCCAUUUCUACAACGGACGUACAGAGACUCUGCGCUCCUGCACCAGUGCAGUAUUUGAGUUUCUCAAGGCCUCGUCCAGUGAAGCCACCACUGACGCCCAGUUGAUAAAGGCUUUUCGUGCCGCUGUAAAUGAGCACAGACACUUAAUGGACGAGGCUCGCAAGGGUCACGGAAUUGAUAGACAUCUGUUUGGACUGUGGUGCGCUGCCUACGAGAAUAAGAUGGACAUUCCCGCCCUCUACGAUGAUCCCUUGUAUGCCAAAAGUGGGGGAGGUGGCAAUUUUGUAUUAUCCACCAGCACACUGGGCUUUACAGCCAAUGUGGGUUUUGUGGCUCCCAUGACUUUUGAUGGUUAUGGUGUAUUCUACGCAAUUACAUCGGAUGCUAUCUACAUCAAUACGACUGCAUAUCGUGACAGCAUCAAAACCAGUGCUCGAAAGUAUAAUAUCAUCUUCAAGGAGUCGUUCCGUCGCAUACGUAGUCUCCUGGAGCAGCUGAAGACUGAAUCAAAUUUAUAAAUCAUUCAAUUCCAUUUGACAAUAUUGUUCAGUACCCUACACUCUAGUCACCAUGAAAACAGAUCGCAAUUCGUAUGCAUUCCAAAUGGAACCCUUAUCAUAAACAUAUGCUGAUUGCGAGCUGCCUCUUUCAACUUAAUUGCUCUUCGAGUGUACCUCAAUUUAGAAUAGUUUCAACCGAAUCUAUUUCUGGUUCUGACUGGACGAUAAUGCAUUUUCUUACUUAUCUAUAAGUUUUAAAGUUUUUUGUGUAUCUUGUUCGAUUAAAAGAUCAAAUGUAAAUGCUAAA